AUGGUGAAACGAGGAGGCGCAAAUGUCGCGGAUGCUGUAAGGCUUAGUAAUGAUUCGGAUGAAUCGCAAGAUGAGGUAGGACUGAUAAGAGAUGACUUAGAGAAUGCUGAGGAAUUGGUUUUCGAUUUUGAAGCUUAUCCCAUAUGUGAUGACGAUAAAGAGGGUCUUGUCAAUAUGCUAACACAGAUCUUCCUUCGUGUCGAUAUUGAUGUGAAACAAAUGGCCGAUAUCUUAGUGGAACAAUCACCAUUUGGCUGCGUUUAUCGCCCUUCUGAAGAAUUUAUGGAUGAAGAUGAUGAGGGUAUUGUAUAUGGUGUAUUGUCGAUGUUAAAACUGGGUACAGAUCAGAAAUUCCAAACAGAUAUUUGGGCUCUACUGAAAGCAAGAGCACAAAAAUAUUCCGUUGAUAAAAAAAUAUCCUCUAUUUUGGAAAAUUUGUCGACUCCAAAAUCGGAUAUUCGUGUUGGCCUGCUAAUCAACGAGAGAUUGCUCCACUUUCCUGCAACUAUUGCUUCCCCUGCUUUCAAGUCGUUGGCGAAUGAUCUGAAAAAGUUUGCUGCACAAUAUCGCUUUUCUCAUGUUGUUUUGAUUUUGAAAAUUCGAAUAGCCGAUAAGGACAGUAAUAAGGAACGAAAUGAAGCAAAUGCUUCCGAUGUACCGAAUAAAAGGAAAAAAUUAACUAAGGCGCAAAAAAAGCGCAUCGCGGCGAGUGCGAUUGCCAACGCCAAAGUUAUUUAUGACAACCGUGAAGAGGAGCUUUUGUUUCAAGGUGGUUUGCAGUUCGACUAUUUCCAGUACCCGGUUCAAUCAGAUGUAGAAAAAGAUUCUAAAUUUGGUUCAGUUGUACGGGAAGGUAUCACUUAUAGACCUUAUAGACGUGUUUGUUUUCUUGAUAGUAGCACAUUUCAUCGAUAUAUUGAGCUUGUUAGUUCAGCAGACAAGCUUUGA